AUGUCAACACUUUUGGCAUGCUGCGAUGACUUAACAAGGCAUGCCUAUCAGGGGUCACCUCAUACGCCUUCACGCAACAUCGAGGCUCUCAAAGAGUUCCCUCAAAUAGCUGGAAAUUUUGGGUUCAACCCGCUUAGUCAAGCAAUUCUGACGGAAGAGGAAGAAACUGUCCAGUUCUUAGUAAAACAAUACCCAUCGUACAUGAGAGAAGUGGACUACUGUGGACGGUCGCCAGUCCACAUAGCUAUCCAAGUCGGAAAUCCCAAUCUUCUCUCGAUUAUCCUAGAAGCAGCUGAUCCCGACAUACUCAACUGCACUGAUAACAUCCAGCUUUACCCGAUUGACUAUGCAAUGUUCAAAUCCUCACAAAAGCAAGAUAAUGACGCUUACAAAAUGGUCGACCUCCUUCUCGAAUCAUCGUCAGUAUUGUUCCAACACUCCCUAGAUAUGGGUUUAGAGAGUCACUGUCUACGUACCAAAACAUCCAUUAUCCAGCACCUUGCACAAAGAAGGAAUAGCUUGGAACUACUUGCGGCGACUACAUUACCCACUGAAGAAAUCAAGGAGCUCGGCUUAUGCCAAGGGAAGACUCUUGAUAGAAACGCUGCCAACGUCCAAAGCUGUCUGACAGCUCGAUCAUGCAAUAUUGAAAAGAGUAUCAUGGUAUUUGAGCAGGACAAAUUAACUCACGCAUCCAAAAGGCCAAAGUCUAUUUAUGAGUAUAUAUGUGACCGAGAAACUGCAGAAAUUGCGUUGUCAAAUGGGUUCAGCAGGGAACAUGCUUUCAUCGACGUUUUCCGCUCCAUUGUAGAGAGCGUCAUACAAGGAAAAUGCUAUGGUAGGCCCGACCUAUCUUAUAUUGAUUGGAUAGUCGAUGAUGGUGUCGACAUUGCAUCGGAUGUUCCGUUGGACCUUGUACCGGGUGUUACACCAUGUACAACCUGGGCUCAUUAUCUGAUGGCUUCAUUUGGGAACGGGUUGAGAUGGAACUGGGUUGCUUAUGAUAUAUUGCCGCUAAAAGUCUCCAAGGUAACAUUUUCAGACGCUGCUUAUGGAGAAAGCCAAUGUCACUGCUCUUUGAAAGGCUGCACACCUCUGAUUAGAUUCUUAGAAGGCCUUGGGUGGCGUACUUGGUCAUUUGAAGGGCUCCAAACUCUUAUGGAUCGAUUGACGAAGCUGUCGGAGAGUCUUCAAGCGCUGCUCCCUGAUAUUGGUGGCGCAUACAGCUGGGUGUAUCCAGCCGUCUUACGCUAUCUUACAUUCUCUGCCCUAGGGCUCCGUCAUACAUGCUAUGGCCUUGAGAACAUGGGAUCAAUCCCUGUUUGGGAGUCCGACGACAUUGAGGAGAUUCAUGAUGAGGACUCCGCUUUCCUUCAGUUACUCGAAGACCUUGUCGAGGAGUUUGAGAUCAGAAGCGGCAGUAUAUCCAGUUCAGACAGGAGCUCAUUUAUCCGAGACGUUUGGGCUCCAAAGAUCCAAGGCAACCUAGAAGAAACCAAUAGGCGGGAGCUUACAGAGAAAAACUUGAGACACGCAGAGGACUGUGGUGUCGUGUAG